AUGGCUUCUGUUGCAUCCAAUGCUUCCUGUAUCUUCUGCAAGAUCAUCAAGGGCGAGAUACCUUCGUUCAAGUUGAUCGAAACGGCCAAGUCAUACUCCUUUUUGGAUAUCCAGCCUACUGCUGAUGCCCAUGUAUUGGUGAUUCCCAAGUACCACGGAGCCAAGUUGCACAACAUCCCAGACGACUACUUAGCAGACAUUUUACCGGUAGUCAAGAAGUUGACCAAGGUGUUGCACUUGGACGAAAACAACACUCCAGACGGUGAAGGUUACAAUGUGUUGCAGAAUAACGGUAGAAUUGCACACCAGAUGGUAGACCAUGUCCAUUUCCACUUGAUUCCCAAGAGAGAUGCUGCAACUGGUUUGGAGGUCGGGUGGCCAAUGCAAGAAACUGACUUUGACAAGUUGGGCGCCUUGCAUACCAAGCUUCAGGACGAAUUGAAGAAGCUCGACGAAAGUGAAAAGUUGUAG